AAGAAGAAAACGGAAGCCUGUUGACGACACAGUUGGUAAAUCCAGUUAGCCUCGACUGUCCUGUGCUACAUCGGUGGCAUGUUAUUUUUCUGACAUUCUCCAACGCUUGCAUUCAUCAUGAGUUCUCCAGAGGACAGACACGGGACAAAACGACCCGCGUCCCCGAGUGAAGAUGGUUCAACUCAGUGGGCAUCAGCUGAUCUAGGAAGUGAUGAGCGGAAACAGAAGUUCUUGCGAUUGAUGGGCGCUGGCAAGAAAGAACACACAGGACGUCUCGUCAUUGGUGACCACAAGUCAACGUCCCACUUGCGUAGUGGGCAAGAAGAUAAGCAGAUCAGUGACCAGCUGGAGAUGCAGUACCAACAGGGCAUGGAUGGGAUUCUGUCGGGACGGAAUCGGAGACACUGUGGCCUGGGCUUUAGUGAGGCUGAGCCAGAGCAGCUUCCUUCCCCUCCACAGGACAGUCAGACAAAAGACAAUGAGCCAGAGAAGUCCACUCAUGAAAAAGAAUCCACAGAUGCCCAGGAAGAGGUUUCCACUCCGGACUCUGAGGAACAGACCUCAGAGGAGGCCGAGCACAGCUCUGACAGUGGGAAUGAAGAAGUGAAACAUGAUUAUAAGAUGGACUUUGUAAAGUCGGCGUAGGUCUGCUGGGCAUGGAGGAAUUCAUUUUUCAAGUCUGAUAUGUACAUUUUGACUUUAUUUGUCUACUUGUCUGUGAUCGCUCAUCGGUUUAGUAUUUGUAAUGUAGAAGAGAAUCUCUACACACGUCUGCAAGUUCAAAAUGUCACGUUUUGGUUAAGCAGUAUUAUAUCAUGUUAAGACGGCAGGUGAUUUUUAUUUUGGUUCAACAUUUUAACAGUCACUGCGUUUGUGUGAAACGAGAUCACUUUGUCAUUCAGGAAAACUAGUAUUCACGUUAUUAAGAUUCUGAAUGUCAAUAGAAAGAGUCAUCAUGUUCGUAAACAGGAGAACUACAUCUUAUUGAGGAGGUGGUUUUUGAGUAUUCAGGGGUUUUUUCUGUAUCCUUUGGACUUAAAAGUAAAUUCAGUGUUUGUUUUGUGCCGAAAAGCUCUGAGUUUGAUUUGUUUGUCAUGAACUGUGUCCGACGUAAAUGAUGUAAAACUGCCCCAACAUUUCUAUCAGUGAACUGAGGAACAAAUAAAAAACAUCCGAAAUGUAAUAAAGCUCUCUUUGGAUAUCA